AUGAUUAUGAAGAGAUGGUGGCCAUUCUCUCGAUCCAUGAUCUUCAGUUUUUAUAAUAAUCAAAAAAGAUAUAAGAUGAGUUAUCCCAAUCACUACGAUGGUGGUAGUGGAGGACAACAACAUCAACAUCAACAUCAUCAACAACAACAACAACAACAAUAUCAACAUCCAUAUAGUAGUAACAUUCAACAAAGAGCUGCUACAACUGCUGCAACCACUAGUAAUGGUCAUCAAUACACAACUACACAACCAAACUUUAAUCAGACCAUUGAUCAACAACAACAACAUCAACAUCAACCACAACAACAACAGUAUUAUAAUAAUCCAAAUAACAACUAUUAUAAUAAUAAUGAUUCUAUUACAUUUGAAACUAAUUUAUCAUUUGGUCAUUUGUAUGAUAAUUUGAUGAGAGAUGAAUCUGCAAAGAGAUUGGCAAUGUGGAUAGCUGUGAUGCUCUGUUUUACUCUUUACGAAAUCUUUUAUGGUGCAUAUCUCGAGUCGCUUGGUUUGGUAAGUGAUGGCUUUCAUCAACUGUUUGACUGCAUUGGCUUUGUCAUUAGUCUCUUGUCAAUGUUGGUCUCAAAAAAAGGAACCAAUAGAGAAUAUACCUAUGGUUACGAUCGUUAUGAAAUUCUUGGUGUAUUUUCAAAUGGUUGUUUCCUUUUGUUUGUUUCAUUCUUUUUACUUUUGGAAUCAGUUGAACGUAUCCUUGAACCUCCUCAUAUGCACAAUCAUGGAAGAGUUAUUAGUGUUGCAUUAUUUAGUUUGGUUAUAAAUGUUGUUGGAAUAUUAUUCUUUAGACAACACUCUCUUAAACACUCUAACAACAAAAAGAGUGAUGAUAUUGGCAACAAUAGCAAUAACUACCGUAAUAUGAUUUAUAACGAUAGAAUUAGACAAGACAACUUUGUAACAAUAUUCACACAUAUCAUCGUCGAUAGUUGUACAAGUCUUGGUGUAAUAUUAUCUACUUUAUUAUCACAAUUGUUUGGUUUUGAUUUAUCAGAUUCUUUAAUCUCAAUCAUUAUUGCAUUUAUAAUUAUUUAUCAAGUUAUUCCUAUUUGUAAAAGAACUGCAUUUGUUCUAUUACAAACAACACCCGAUGCAAUUGCACCACAAAUUAAAUCAGCCAACCUCAAAGUAUCGACGAUGCAUGGUGUUGUCAAGAUUGGUGAUUCCCAUUUCUGGACACAAUCACAAGGAAAUACAGUUGGUAGCAUGGUUGUUUAUGUCAAAGAUGACAAGGUCAACCAACAAGCACUAUUAAAGGAAAUUAGAACUCUUUAUACAUCCUUUGUCAAUGAUAUUACUAUCCAAAUUCAAGUAGAACACAAAGGCCAUGGUGAUCACGGACAUAAAAAGAAUCAUGAUGAACACAAAAAUCAUCCUGGUCACUCUCAUAGUAAUACAUCUUCAGUUGAUCAUGGACAUGGACAUGAUCACGGACAUGAUGAUCAUGGACAUGACGAUCAUGGACAUGGUCACUCCCACAAUCAUGGUCAACACGGACACUCACACUAA